AGCCCAAGAUCAAGUCCAAGCCCAAACACAUUUUUCAUGGUCAAAGUCGCUAGCUGAUUCAGAAGGUUUCAUACUCUGAAUAGCCCUAGUUCCAUGGAAUCCGAAACCAGAAGAGGUCGACCGAGCACAAGCCGAAACAAUCCCUACUCCGUAUCCGAUCGCUCGGCUAAAGCUUCGAUUUUGAUCCAUCGGGUAACGUCAUGAUCCGAACCUCCUUCGCCACCGCCAUCUCCCUUCUCCAUACACAUUCUUGUGGCGGCUCUCAAGCUCGGCCCUUGCAGAACAAUACCAGAGAGGUGAUGUAUUGCCCUGAAUCCUGGCUCGUCAAGGUCGUGUGUACUCUUUUUUUGUACAGAGUUCCUGAUUCCGAUGGCUGUUUCUGUUUCCUGAGCAACAACUUGAAUCCCUUCAUCGCCUUCGAGGUUGUGAAGAAGCUGGAGAAUCCUGAAUUGGGUUUUCGAUUUUGGGAGUUUAGUAGGUUUAAGCUGAAUAUCUGCCAUUCUUUCUGGACUUACAAUAUGCUCACUCAAUCGCUUUGCAACGCGGGUCUUCACGGUAUGGCGAGGAAGAUGCUCGAGUGUAUGAGGAAUGAUGGGAUUUCACCGAAUAGUCGAUUGCUAUCGUUUCUGAUCUCGUCAUUUGCCGAAAAGGGCGAUCUCGAUUUCGCCACGGCAUUGCUUGUUCAGGCUUUUCAGGUUGAAGGGACUUCCUAUGUAGUGAACAAUUUGUUGAAUACGUUAGUGAGGUUGGAUCGGGUGGAGGUCGCGAUUAAGUUAUUCGAUGAACAUCUGAGAUCUCGGUCAUGUGUUGAUACUUGGACGUUUAACAUCCUGAUGCGAGGUUUAUGUCGAACAGGAAAAGUGGACAAAGCAUUGGAACUUUUGGAUGAGAUGAGGAGUUCUGGUCGUGUUCCUGAUAAUGUUACUUACAAUACUCUCAUCGAGGGAUUGUGUAGUAAUGGAGACAUAAACAGAGCAAAAGAUAUGUUUGACGAAGUUAAGUCGAGAAGUGAUUGCUCUCCAGAUGUUAUUACAUAUAACUCGAUGAUGUCAGGAUACUGCAAAGUUGGAAAGCUGCGAGAAGCGGUUUUUCUGUUAAGUGAAAUGAUUGAUUUGGGAAUAAACCCAACUAGGAUAUCCUUUAAUGUUCUUAUUGAUGGUUUUGUGAAAGCUGGUGAGAUGCCUUCUGCAGAAUCCAUUCGUGGAAAAAUGAUUGAUUUUGGCUGUUACCCGGAUGUUGUGACCUUCACUUCCUUGAUCGAUGGAUAUUGCCGAGCAGGACAAGUGAACAAGGGUUUGCAACUUUGGGAUGAAAUGAGUGCCAAAGGAUUGUUCCCUAAUGUCUAUACCUAUUCUAUCCUCAUCAAUGCACUUUGUAAAGAGAAUCGGUUACAGGAAGCCCAUGAGCUUCUGAAGGAGCUGGCUUCUAAGAAAAUUACUCCGAAACCGUUUAUCUUCAACCCUGUCAUCGAUGGCUUUUGUAAAGCUGGUAAUGUUCAUGAGGCAAAUGUCAUUGUGGCGGAGAUGGAGAAAAGGAGAUGCAACCCAGAUAAAGUUACAUUUACGAUUCUCAUUAUCGGGCAUUGCAUGAAGGGGAAAAUGUUUGAAGCAAUCAGCAUUUUCCACAAAAUGUUGUCAAUAGGUUGCUCACCCGAUAAGAUUACGGUGAAUUCUUUGAUGUCUUGCCUUCUUAAGGCUGGGAUGGCUAAGGAGGCCUAUCGGCUUAAACAAGUAGCAAUGAAAGGCCUGAGGGAUGGUGUCUCUCAUGUGGGCGAGAUUGUCUCUUCGAGGAAAAUACCUGUGGCCGCUUGAACGAGAACUUGUUCACUAUAACCUGAACCACUGCCUCUGGAUUGAUGGUCUUGCUCUGCCAUUUUUGCCUUCGCCACUCACAUCAGGCAUGCAAAUAUCGAAAUACAGUCAUACAAUUUUUCAGGUGGCGUAAUUAGCAGCCACACGAGGUCUGACCUCAGUGAAUAUUGUUAAAACAUCAAAGGACUUCACUUCACGAUCAAUACCCAUCGCAGAAAAACCGUGCAGAAAUGAAUGUCCUCAUGAGAUCUCAAUACAGAAACUGACAGAAGCAGGUAUCAUCGAUGUGAACUUUAGCCUGGAAAGACGAUAACCAGUGUUAUGAGUAGUUGGUGGGAACAGGUUUGCUGCAGGUAGCUAGUUUUCAACCCGUGAUUUCGUUUUCUUAAUCCGAGUGUUGUAGAGAUUAGACGAGACGAAGCAAGAAAAUGAACCCGGGAAAGAGGGUUUUCUGGAGAUUCUCACACAAAUCUUUUGGCCUUUGUAUCAGCCCGAUUCCUUCAUUUUUGCCUCUCUAGAAAGCAAUCUUUUUUUUUUGCUCAGAUACCUCUUUUAGGUUUUUGUUUUCUUUCCUUGUCGCUAAGAACAAUCGGAUGGGUUAGGAUCAGCAUCCAGAGACUGCAUGUCCCUAUCUCCCUUGCACUGUGCUUUGUAACAUUAUGUAGUUUUUCAA